AUGACGCCUGUCAUUGAAAGCAUCAACAACAGUUAUUCUAGUCGGCACAUUUCACGGCCAGAGUUGGAUUUUUUGAAAGAAACGAUCCACACAAUGUGCUCGAAAAUAAAUGACGGCUAUUUCGAUAGUCGAGAUUUAUUUGAUCUGCCAAGUCCACGUCCCAGUAUUGAAACAGAAAGCAGCCCAGAAGCACAGAAACAGCCUUCAAAAAAAACUACACACAUCAAAGUUCAGGCUGAUUCCACAAAUUUAGCCAACAUUCCGACAAUAGCACAAUCGAACCGAACUGCUUUCGGUGAACGAAUCACUCUGGUGUCAUCGCAAAAUGCUCGUCAAACUAUACAGCAACAACAAAUUGAAAAUCAAACGGUGGCAUCGAUUGUUGAACCGACACAACAACCAACUGUACGGUCUCAGGCGACACGGUCUCUAUCGACACAACCACAACCAAAAGCCGAUCUAAGUACUCAAUCACCAGCAAAGACACCAAAACAUCGUUAAAUUGGCAUUAAAAACUAACUAAAUUUACGGAUGUAUUUUUUCUCUUCGAAUUUAGCAAAAACAAAAUCGGAAUCAAAACGGUAA